AUGAAGGUACUCUUAGUUGGUUGUGGUUUGACCUCUACAAUAACUGCAUAUUUAUUACGCACGCGUAGUUCAAAUGUCCAUCUGACUUUAUGGGAUAAAGCUAGAGGCCCUGGUGGUCGAACAUCAGUGCGGCGUGGACCAAAUGGAACCUUUGUUGAUCUUGGGGCUCAAUUUAUCACCACAGACGAAUGGACGUUAAAGAAAUAUUCAGACAUAUAUAACUUAUUGAUUUCUACUAAACAUCUAGUGCCAAUGACAUGUAAUGUAGAAGGAUUACAAGAGGUACAAGGAGAACAACAUUUCAUUGCGCCCAAUGGUACUAAUUCAUUAGUAAAGCAUUUAUUAGAUAAUGCUAAGGUGGAUUCAAUUGUAUUUGAAAGAAGAGUUAGUUCUAUAUUGCCAUCAGGAAAUGUUAAAUGUACCGAUGGAUUUGAACAAAUAUUUGACUUAAUUAUUUUGACAGUCCCAGCACCACAAUUACUGGAAUUGGAAUGUCCAAUAAUAUCUUCAGUAAUUAAUCCUUACAAUAAUACACCUGGCUGUGUUGUUCUAAACAGUGAAUCAAUACCAAUAUUAGGUGGUGGAGAUUCUUUCACAAAAUCUACAUUCAAUGGAUGGAACAACUUAUUAUGUAUUUAG